UCCCAGCACACGGGGUCUGCCGCGAGUCCCUGGCGUCCCCUCCGGAGCCCUUUUGGAGCCACCUUCCCGAGCGGAAGUCCGCCUGCGGCUCGGGCCCUGGUGGGACCUGCUCGGAGGAAUGGCGCUGCCGGGUUCAAGCACUGUCUUCCUGUUGGCCCUGACAAUCAUAGCCAGCGCCCAGGCUUUGACGCCCACUCACUACCUCACCAAGCAUGACGUGGAGAGACUGAAAGCCUCUCUGGACCGCCCUUUCACAAGUUUGGAGUCUGCUUUCUACUCCAUCGUGGGACUCAGCAGCCUUGGUGCCCAGGUGCCAGAUGUAAAGAAAGCGUGCACCUUCAUUAAAUCAAACCUUGAUCCCAGCAAUGUGGAUUCCCUUUUCUACGCCGCCCAGUCCAGCCAGGCCCUCUCAGGGUGUGAGAUCUCUAUUUCAAAUGAGACCAAAGACCUGCUGCUGGCAGCUGUGAGCGAAGACUCCUCGGUGGCCCAGAUCUACCAUGCAGUGGCAGCCAUGAGUGGCUUUGGUCUCCCCUUGGCUUCCCAGGAAGCGCUCGGUGCCCUUACUGCCCGCCUCAGCAAGGAGGAGACCGUGCUAGCAACAGUCCAGGCUCUGCAGACGGCCUCCUACCUAUCCCAGCAGGCUGACCUGAGAAGCAUCGUGGAGGAGAUUGAGGACCUUGUUGCUCGCCUGGAUGAACUGGGAGGUGUGUAUCUCCAGUUUGAAGAAGGACUGGAAACGACGGCAUUGUUUGUGGCUGCCACCUACAAGCUUAUGGACCAUGUGGGGACGGAGCCAUCCAUUAAGGAGGAUCAGGUCAUCCAGCUCAUGAACACCAUCUUCAGCAAGAAGAACUUUGAGUCACUCUCUGAAGCCUUCAGUGUGGCCUCUGCUGCCGCUGCGCUCUCUCAGAAUCGCUACCAUGUGCCUGUUGUGGUUGUGCCCGAGGGCUCUCCUUCGUACACUCAGGAACAGGCUAUCCUGCGGUUGCAGGUCACCAAUGUUCUGUCCCAGCCUUUGACUCAGGCUACUGUUAAACUAGAACAUGCAAAAUCUGUUGCUUCCAGAGCUACAGUCCUUCAGAAGACAUCGUUCACCCCCAUCGGGGAUGUUUUUGAGCUAAACUUCAUGAAUGUCAAAUUUUCCAGUGGUUAUUAUGACUUCUCUGUCAAAGUUGAAGGUGACAGCCGUUACAUUGCAAAUACUGUAGAGCUCAGAGUCAAGAUUUCCACUGAAGUUGGCAUCACAAAUGUCGAUCUCUCCACUGUGGAUAAGGAUCAGAGCAUCGCCCCCAAAACAACGCGGGUGACCUACCCAGCCAAAGCCAAGGGCACAUUCAUCGCGGACAGCCACCAGAACUUUGCCUUAUUCUUCCAGCUGGUAGAUGUGAACACUGGCGCUGAACUCACCCCUCACCAGACAUUUGUCCGACUCCACAACCAGAAGACUGGCCAGGAAGUGGUGUUUGUUGCAGAGCCGGACAGCAAAAAUGUGUACAAGUUUGAACUGGACACCUCCGAGAGAAAGCUCGAAUUUGACUCUGCAUCUGGCACCUACACUCUCUACUUGAUCAUCGGAGAUGCAACUUUGAAGAACCCAAUCCUAUGGAAUGUGGCUGAUGUGGUCAUCAGGUUCCCUGAAGAUGAUGUUCCGUCAACUGUCCUGUCCAAGAACAUUUUCACCCCCAAACAGGAAAUUCAGCACCUGUUCCGCGAGCCUGAGAAGAGGCCCCCCACAGUGGUGUCCAAUACAUUCACUGCCCUGAUCCUCUCGCCCCUGCUCCUGCUCUUUGCUCUGUGGAUCCGGAUUGGUGCCAACGUCUCCAACUUCACUUUUGCUCCCAGCACAAUUGUCUUUCACCUGGGACAUGCUGCUAUGCUGGGGCUCAUGUAUGUCUACUGGACACAACUCAACAUGUUCCAGACCCUGAAGUACCUGGCCAUCUUAGGCAGCGUGACGUUUCUGGCUGGCAACCGGAUGCUGGCGCAGCAGGCAAUCAAGAGGAUCGCUGCAGAGCAGAGCAGUAGAUUGGCAAAAUAUAGGACACUACGAACAGCACAUUAGUUCCAGAAAAAGGAAGGAAGUUCUGAAAGCUGAAGUGAAUAUUGAUAAAAGGAGUUAAGGACAAUUUACAGUUUGAAAAGAGGAAUGAAAAACCCCUUUAUUUAAAAAGAAGAAAGUCAAAAUUGUGGUUAUACUUUGCUUGUUUUUCUCUAUCCCCAGCACAGAGCAGGCACCCAGAUACUUGGUUUCUUUGGCAUGGUGCCCCAGCAAGAUGCUGUGAAUAUUCUGACUUACCCACUUGUUGCAUUGAAAAGUUGAAAUCUGUAAUUAAUCUGUUAAUGGAAUAAAGAGAAUAACAGGAACAAA